GCUUUAUUACGGCCUUACGGAUUAGUGUAUAGGUUGACACUAAUAUCAAUUUCCGGCGAAGUCCAAACCCAGAAAGCAGGGAGAAAUUACGAGGUUUCAGAAAAGAGUGAAGAAAAAUGGACGUAAAAUCAAUGGCCAAAUCGAAGAGAUCUCACACACAACACCACCAACCGAGAAAACCCAAAACUUCUUCAAAUUCUGCAGCAACCAAAGACGGCAAGGACAAAAAUAAAGCUACUCAACCACCCCCACCUUCAUUGCCUUCAAAUUGGGGUCGAUAUGAAGAUGAAAUUGAUGAACAAAUUGCAGAAAUACAAAUCGACUCGGGUUCUGAUGAACCGAGUCAACUCGACAAUUCCAAGUCGAAAAUGGGCAGUGAUAUUGAUGGGGUUAUACCCAAGAGUAAAGGUGCUGAUUUCAGUGAAUUGAUUGCUCAAGCUAAAGAGUCUCGCACCUAUUACUCCCCUUCUUUUGGUGAUAGAUUGCCUGAGUUAUAUCAGGGAGUGGCACCUAUGCUUGCAGUUAGGGGAGAAAAGAUCAUUUUACAGAACAGGGAUGAUGAUUUUCUCAUGGAGGAUGAAGCAAUUGGCUUACAAGAGGCACCUUUUUUGACCUUAGAUCUAAAAGAUCUUGCUGAGCGGCUGUCAAAAGUAGAUUUAGCUGAAAGACUCUUCAUUGAACCCGAUCUAUUCCCUCCAGAGAUGCAUGCCGAGGAUGCAAGUGAGGCUGAUAAUCAGGCGUCUUGUCGGACAUCUGAGACACGGAAGAUUGAAAGAAUUGAUAGUUUCGGUGAGUUACUUGCUCUUUAUUUGGAAGAGGAACAAAUGGCUAAGAGACAAGAUGAUCUAGAUAAAGAUGGUAUGUCGUGUUCCUCAAAUGUUAGUAGCCGGCAUAGUCCAUAUAAACCAGAAUCAGAAUCAGAAUCUAAAGCAUAUUUAGGGGUAAGGAAAUCAGAUGACAUGGAAUUUCUUGACUGUAGAGAAAGAGCAUAUGUUGAUUGUGGUAGCAAGGAAGUUGCAAAGAGCGAAUUAGAUGAUGUAGGACGGGUUAGUCAUGUUACAAAGCAGGUUGCAAAGAACAAAUUGGAAUUUCUGGAUGAGAUAGAGAAGCCUGAGUCUGGUGUCGUCACAGAGCAAAAUACAAGACCAUUGUCCAGAUUUGAAGCAACUUCUGCAGAAGCAGAGCUUGACAUGCUUCUUGGAUCAUUUAACGAGACGGAGCUUUUUGAUAAUCCAGUGAAUCAACCAGGAACUUGUGCAUCUUAUAUGACCGGAAAAAUUGCAACUCAUGGAGUUCCAACACAACAUUUAUUGGGUCGAUCUGCACCUGCAUUUCCCAUCACCACCAGCCUUGAUGAUGAGCUUGAUGACCUGCUUGCAGAAACAUCUAACCCAAAAAAUACAGAUGGUAUUUUCCAAUCCACCCAGGUGCCUUCAUCAUCUUUAUCUGAAACCACUUCCAAAUCCAAGAUUCAGGAAGAUUUUGAUUCGUGGAUGGAUACUAUAUGAUCGUAAUUUCUCUCUGUAACUCCUUUGGAUUGCCUCCUAAAUAUAGAUGGCUAAGUCAAAGUUAUAAUUAGGUAAAAUAAAAAAUAAAUAGAAAAACAGGGGCAGUUCGAUAUUGAGUUGUUUAGAGAAUCAGAGCCACAAGGCCCCUGCAUCUUUAAGAAGAGGAGUCAACUCGCCGGUUAUAUGUAUUACGUGCGGCCACCAAUAAAUACCGUCGGAAAGCUCAUAAAGAAGUCAGUGCCACGUUUAGAGCCCACUUUGUUGAGUUCAUCUAUGACAAAUUCCACCUCUUCCUCAUCAACGUCAUGAACGUACCGCAGGGUUAACACCAAGACCAUGGAGCAAACGUCGUACAACAAGGCUCAUGCAACAUCCACAUCGCCCAAAUAUUAUUACUGCAUUUUCUUCAACCAGGCUCUUAAUGUUGUUGUUCUCCCCCCAUUUCAUCACCGAAAGAUUCGACGACGACGUGUUUCGAAGGUCGUUCAAGGGUAAUAAGUUAGUUGUGUGCCAUGCCUUGUAGGGAAGUGCUUGGUACAUUAUUCUUGCUUAAUUUAAGAGAGAGAGAGAGAUAGAGAUAGAGAUACAGAUAGAGAUAGAGAGGAGGGAGUUUGUGUUGUUGGGUAUAUAGAUUGAAACUCCACUAUAGAAUUCCAGUACUUAUAAAGAAGAGUUUUUUGUCAACGGCAGUUAAGCAUAUUAUCUGUAUUACGGACUACGUGCUACAUUACGUCAUUAUGUAAUUGCUGGUGUCAUAUUACGUCACUCUUUUUUGUCACCGUUUUUCUUGUUUUAAAUAAUGACAAUUGCCUUCAGUAAUUUAUAGUU